UUCUGCUCGUCAUGUGCGGCUUGGGCGGUGGUCACCUACUUGCUGCAGAUCAAGGACCGGCACAACGGCAACAUCUUGCUGCGCGCCGACGGCGCUAUCGUCCACAUCGACUUUGGGUUCCUCCUCUCCAACUCGCCUGGUGGCAACAUAAACUUUGAGGCGGCGCCUUUCAAGCUCACCUCAGAGUACGUCGACCUGAUGGGCGGCGCCCGCUCCUCCACCUUCCUCCGCUUCCGCGAGCUCGUCAUUAAGGGAUUCCUCGCCGCGCGCAAGCACGCGGACAAGCUCAUCGCGCUCGCCCAGCUCACGCUGCACGGCGCCGGCCGCGAUAUGCCGUGCUUCACCGCCGGGCAGGCGGCGGUCGACGGGUUACGGUCGCGCUUCCAGCCCGAGAUGACGCGGUGGCAGUGCGCGCGGCACGUUGACGAGAUGAUUGGCCGGUCGAUCGACCACUGGACGACGACUUGCUACGACCGCUACCAGCGCUGUUGGCUCGGCAUCAUGUCCUGA